GAUCAGUCCGCGAGAGAGACACGCUUUUGCCGACUGAAUUUGUUAGUUGGAAGUUUUCAGUAAAUCCACAACAGGGAAAAUGAUGUUCUGCAGAGCGGCUUGGCAAAGACUUGCGCCUCUGGCGCGCAAAACACUCACUCCUUUCAGCAAUGCGUUAUUCCCUGCGCGACAGAUGUCCUUUGGUCUGCCAGCAUCCGGCACAAACAUAGCUUAUGUGUUACUUGGUGGAAGCUCGCUUACUGCUGCUCUUGUUUAUGCCUAUAAAACAAUAAAUUCUGACAGUGCAAGAUAUAAUGAAAGAAUUGCCCAACUCGAGGCCAGACCUAAAAGUGAGGAGGGAGCAGUGGCCGAGAUAUCCUUGGUAGCAGAAGCAGCUGCGCUUGUGGAAACCACAGCAGCCGAGGAGAUUAAUGCAGAGGCUGAACAGACCCCAGAACCCGUGGAGGCAGCGACCGCAAUUGUAGAAGCAGUAGCGGCUGAUGCUGAGGAACCUAGUGCUCCUGUUGUUGAGGAUGUCGCUGUGGCAGCUGAUCUUAUUGCUGAAACAACCGUUAUCCCAAUGUCUGACCUACCGAGCACUGUGAAAAUCCUGGCUGGAUCUACAGCAGAGAUUGCAGCUGCUUCAGUCGGUGACCAGCACCUGGUGUCUGCGGUGAGACUGGCUGAGGAAAACAAUUCUAUGGAGACCCUCAACGGGCUGGAAGCUGCUGAUAUUAAAGCAGAGCACCCAGCAGAAGUGCCCGAGGAAGCUGUGAUUGAGGAGCUCGUGAUAGAUAGACCGAAUCUGAAAACAGAAGAAAAAGAACAGGAGGAAGCGCCAGAUUCAAUUCAUUUAGCAGAAGAGACUGUUGUUGUGGCAGAUGACCAUGUCAAGUCCGAGGCAGACAUCCCCGCUAGAAGCCUCGCUUCGUCAGAAGAGGCCCUCGUUACAGAUGUGGAGAACAUUUUGGAAUCGCAAGAAGACUCGACAGAAGAAGACUCUGUCUCUGGAGCUGCAGGGGUGACAUCAGAAACAGUGGAGGAAGCGGGUCAGGAAGUGGAAGAAUGUAAAGGUUUGUGUCAUGAGUCAACGGAAACGGAGCAUGUAGAUCUCACAGCACCAACAGCAGAUCCGGAGGAAUUAUUACAGGCUACGGGUGCAACAGAAGCUGCAGAAGAAGUAAUUGUCACGGAAAUGACGCAGGAUGCUGUGGAGAAUGCUAAACCUGUUGAGGCAUCAGAUGAAGCUGUUGAAAGUGGAAAUGUUGCAAUGAGAAUGACACAAGCCUGAAGUGAAUGUACCACACCUGAGAUACCGAGACACUGAAAACCAGUCAAAUGAACACAAUCUGUGAUGUUAUACAUACACUAAAGUUAGCAUAUAGUGCUGCGGUUACUGUCAUAAAAAAGACUAACUGAAUCGCAAAUUAAUGAAUGACUAUUGUCUCCUUAAUGUUCUUAUUUUACCUGAAAAUAGAUACUUAGUUCCUUUGAAACAUUUUUAUGUUUAUUUGAUCUAAUUUUGUGUCUCUGGAUAACCAGAGUGAUCUGUGACACUGUAUUACGCUGAAAUAAUGUUUUGUGGGCACAUUCAUGUUGUUAGAUUGUUUUAACAUGAGUAGAAAAAAAAAUUGAAUA